AAACUCUUCGAUUUUAGAAAAAAUCUCCCAGUCAAUAGAAUUAGAAACAGAGUAAAAGACUUCGAUUUGAUUUUGACAUUAUUUUGGGAUUCUCUGUAUAGCGAUCUGCUGCUGAAAAAUCUAAAGAGGGAAAACCCAACAUUCCGAAGGUUUCUAAUGUCAUAGCUGCAGGGCUGUAGAUCAAACCAAUUAUAUGAGACCAUCAUCCAAGUAUCAAAGUUGAAUCAAUAUACAUAUGUUAGAAUGGGGGAAAAGGCUGCAAAUGAGGAGGUGGAUAAACUUUCUGAAUCACUGAACGAUCUCUUCACCAAUGUCUCUACUAUGAUCAAAGGCGAACUCCAGGGCACAAAUAACUUGCUGGAACUUUUGGAGAAGAUGAAUACCAGAGUAGCAGAGGAAUACAAGGGUCUGGGUGAUGUAGCUUCUGGAUUACGGGUUUUUGUGGAGCAGUUGAAGGAAAAAAAUGGAAACUUUGAUGAAUACAUUCAGCAAAUUGAAGCGAUGGAGCAGCAAUUGACAGAAUUUGAAGCUGUAGUUUCUGUGCUUGACAAGCAUGUAUCUUUGCUGGAAUCAAAAGUGCAUUCUGCUUAUCAGCAAUCUCCGACGUAAAUACUGUGGUGAACUAAUGGUUUCUUUUAGCAAAUGAUUUAAUUGAUUAUGAUUGCUUCCUUGCAUAAAAUAGAAAAUGUGUUUCUAUCAGUGUUUUGAGAAAAUUUGAGCUACUUAGGAAGAGGCCAUUCUGGAGCCUCUUAACAGUUGAGGUAAGGAAUUUGAGAAUUCCCGUAACAGAAACUAGUAUAUGGCAUAAAUUAAUCUUGUUUGGCAAA